GCUUUUGGUCCAAUGCCAGCAUUUUUGUUUCUUUGGGCAGCAUUGAUUAUCAUCAAUCCUACUUCUAAUGCUAUUAUGUCGCUGACAUUCGCGCAGUAUGCGCUACAACCGUUUUUCAAAGGUUGCGAGCCUCCUGAUGCUGCUGUACGAUUAUUGGCAGCAUGCACCAUAUGCUUGCUGACACUGAUCAACUGCUACAGUGUGAAAUGGUCAAUGAAGUUGCAAAAUGUGUUUUCAGUCGCCAAAGUAGCCGCACUCUGUACCAUUGUUUUGGCCGGUUUGAUCUGGAUAAUUUUAGGAAAUACGGAGAAUCUGGAACCAUCGGAACUAAUGGCCGGGACGGAAACGAAUCCAAGCCACAUUGCUCUGGCAUUUUAUUCUGGUGUGUUUUCAUAUAGUGGAUGUACAUCAGUAAAGGAUAAGUGA